UGACUUAGCUGUAGCAGCAGUACAUAAAGGAUUUGCUGAACCAGUUGAAAAAGAUGUGAGAGCCAGAGCAAAAGUUAUACCACCACCUAAGAAGAUUCCAGAAUUCCAUGCUGGAUCCAGAGAAGAAUCAGGAAGCAUUGACAUCAGGAGGAAAGGAGACUGGAGAAAAGCAGCUUCAGCACCCUCAAGUAAUUUGAGAGAAUGUUCAAAAACAGAGGCAAAAAGUGGCACUGGAGAAACAAGAAAAACUACCCCAAAACAGGAUAUUUAUUUGAGAAUUCAAAUAGUCCCACCACAAAUUAGCCAAAGUGGUCCUAAAUACCAGCAUAAAAGAGAUUUAAGUGGCCCUGAGGAGAACUAUGAAAAGGGACAAAAACCGAAGCCUGAAGUGAAAGUUGAAAAGCUUCCUGAGAAAACUCUGAAUAAAGAAGGGAAGAGAGUAAAAGAUGAAAAAAGAAAAGGUAUCGGGGAGGUUAUGGACAAGGAAAAUAAAACAGAAAAGGGCCAAUCAAAGAAAGGAGAUAGUAUAAAAGAUGAAGGUGAAACUGGGGAACGAAGGGUGAAUGUGAAAAAGAAGGGAGACGAGGACACAGAUAAUAAAGACAAGAAGGGAGAUGAAGACAGGGAGGACCAGGACAAGAAAGAAGAUGAAGAUAGCAACAAGAACAAAGACAAGAUGGAAGAUGAGGAUAAGACAAAGAACAAGGACAUGAAGGGAGAUGAAGAUAAGAUAAAAGUCAAGGAUAUAAAGGAAGAUGAGGACAAGACAGAGGACAAGGACAUGAAGGGAGAUGAGGACAAGACAGAGGACAGGGACACGAAGGGAGAUGAGGACAAGACAGAGGACAGGGAUAUGAAAGGAGAUGAGGACAAGACAGAGGACAAGGACAGGAAGGGAGAUGAGGACAAGACAGAGGACAGGGAUAUGAAAGGAGAUGAGGAAAAGACAGAGGACAGGGAUAUGAAAGGAGAUGAGGAAAAGACAGAGGACAGGGAUAUGAAAGGAGAUGAGGAAAAGACAGAGGACAGGGACAGGAAGGGAGAUGAGGACAAGACAGAGGACAGGGACAGGAAGGGAGAUGAGGACAAGACAGAGGACAGGGACAGGAAGGGAGAUGAGGAAAAGACAGAGGACAAGGACAGGAAGGGAGAUGAGGAAAAAACAGAGGACAAGGACAGGAAGGGAGAUGAGGAAAAGACAGAGGACAAGGCCAUGAAGGGAGAUGAGGACAAGACAGUGGACAAGGACAUGAAGGGAGAUGAAGACAAGAUAGAAGUCAAGGAUGUAAAGGGAAAUGAGGAAAAGACAGAGGACAAGGACAUGCAAGGAGAUAAGGACAAAACAGAUGACAGGGACAUGAAGGGAGAUGAGGACAAGACAGAGAACAAGGACAUGAAGGGAGGUGAGGAAAAGACAGAGGAUAGGAACAUGAAAGGAGAUGAGGACAAGGACAUGAAGGGAGAUGAAGACAAGAUAAAAGUCAAGGAUAUAAAGGGAGAUGAGGACAAGGACAUGAAGGGAGCUGAGAACAAGGCAGAAGACAAGGACAUGAAGGGAGAUGAGAAUAAGACAGAGGACAAAGAUACAAAGGGAUUUGAGGACAAGAUAAAAGACAAGGACAUAAAGAGAGAUGAGGACAAAAAGAGCAAGAAUAUCAAAGGCGAUACUAUGAAGAAAAGAGAUAAAAUAAAAAUGAGCAAAGAGGACAAGAAUAUAAACCAAAGAAAAAGUUCCAGGCAGAAAAAGGACAGUAAAAAGUCACACUGACGAAAAACAGCACCAGAUUUUAUAAACUAACAAACAGAAUUGAGUAAUUUCACUCCAACACUAUCAACUUCAAAACUAGCUUCCAGUCUUUUACAGUAUCAAUUAAAAUGAUAGAUUCCUCACAUUUCUUUAGCCACAAAAUUUCUGCUUCUUUGCUUGCAACCUGGCAAAAAAAUCCUUCAUAAAUUUCAUCUUCUUAGAUCUUUCAAUUUCAAACUUCAGCUUCCAAAUGUAAAUUUUUCAAAAUGUAAGUCCAUUAUGUAUAAUU